AUGAAGGAAUUCAAUAUUUUAAAAAAAAUUGUAUUUUUUUCGAUUUGUAUAUGUUGUUUUGAUCAUACAAAAAAUGGUUUAUAUGAUGCAAAUGCAGAUAGAGUUCGAUAUUUUCAAAAAAAAUCAAUAAAUUUUAAAAAUAACAGAUUAUUAGAAUGUGCAAGCAGUAAUGAAUUUAUUUCAAAUAUUGAAUAUUAUAAUGGUGAAAACUAUUUUGAUGAUGAAGAAAUAGAAUAUUAUCUAACAAAUAAUGGUUCAAAUAAAAGGAAUCACCAAUAUAAUAAUGUAUCACAUGAUUUAAAAGGUAUAAAUGGGGAAAUGACUAUUUUAAUUGAUGAGAGUAUGGAUUCAUUGGCAUGUAUACCAAAACAAAAAUAUAGUAUAAGGAGUGAUGAACUAACAUUGCAAAAAAUACCUAAUAAUAGCGUAAACAAAAAAAAAUCAAAAUCUGCACUAUCGAAAAAUAAAAAUCAUACAUCAUUGAAGACUAGUAAUAAUUUCUUGAGCAUUGAUGAUAAUCAUUUUGAAAGGGAAUAUAAUAGAAUUACAUCAAAGGUUCGUUAUCGGAAACUAGAAGAUGAUAAUAUAUAUACAAAAAUAUUAAAACGCGUAUUUAAGUACUUAGGAUUAAACCCAUAUUCUAUUUUAUGA